AUGGGACGCCCCCCGCCCGCCGCGGCCUGGACCUGGAUGCUGCUGCUGCUGCCGCUGCUGCCGACGGAAACCUGGGCAGGACACUGGAGGGCGCAGGGAUCCAAAGUCCUGGAGGGCCAGGAGUGCGAACCCCACUCGCAGCCUUGGCAGAUCGCCCUGUUCCAGAGCAACAGGCUGCUUUGCGGGGGUGUCCUCAUCGAAGACAACUGGGUCAUCACUGCUGCCCACUGCAGAAAGCCGAAGUACACAGUCCGCCUGGGCGAUCACAGCCUGAAGAAUAAGGAACCGUCGGAGCAAGAUAUGGCCGUGGCCCAGUCCAUCCCGCACCCCUGCUACAACCAGAGCAGCGAGGGCCACAGCCACGACCUCAUGCUCAUUCGCCUCCAAGGCCGGGCCACCCUGGGCUCCAAAGUGAAGCCCAUCAAGCUGGCAGAUCGCUGCGCACCCGUGGGCCAGAAGUGCACCAUCUCAGGCUGGGGCACCGUGACCAGCCCGCAAGAUAAUUUUCCUGACACCCUCAACUGCGCAGAAAUUGAAAUCUUUUCCCAGAAGCAGUGUCAGGACGCCUACCCUGGGCAAGUCACAGACGGCAUGGUCUGCGCAGGGGACAGCCGUGGAGCUGACACGUGCCAGGGCGAUUCGGGGGGCCCACUGGUGUGUAAUGGCGUUCUCCAGGGCAUCACAUCCUGGGGCUCGGACCCCUGUGGGCGCCCCGAGAGACCUGGCGUCUAUACCAACAUCUGCCGCUACCUGAACUGGAUCAAGAAGACCACAGGCCGCAGGGGCUGACCUUGGAAGGAUGUCCUCAGUCAACGGCCCAAGGCUGGCUCCCUCCCUGUCUGCCUUUGGCCCUGGGGGUGGGGAGGUGGGGUUCUGUGUCCCGCGAGGUUUGCUGGAGGUCUGAGAGGACAGGACGACCUCCACGGCUUCACUGGCCAUCAUUUAUUCCCAGAAGAAUUUGGAGGAAUGGGGGGCUAAUUUCAUGGAAGUAAUGUAUUUAAGGAUUUUCAAAUACCCAAGGGGUUGUGAAAGACACUGCACAGAGUUUUUGUUUCGUUUUUCUGAGCAGCGAAAGCAUCUCGAAGCUUCGACGGGGGAGUGUCCCUCUCCCACACAUUUAACACUGCGAGGAAUGCAAGGUAGAAAUGCAAGACCUGUAACAAGGGCCUAAACAUUCGCGCGUGAAUAUCCACAAAAGCACCACCCAGGUCGACACACACGACGCAGACAGACUCCAGAUGCUUUUCUC